AUGAUCCUAGACCAGAUCGCAUGGCUUGAUUGCCUCGUUUUCCUGCUUUUCCUUGCACCCCAGCUGCUCAUACAGGUCGGCUUCUUUCAGACGCUGACAUGCGGCAUCAAGGCUCUUCCCUUUCUAGCUUUUCGCAUGCCAUAUCAGCUUGUGCGUGAGCGUUAUGUGCUGAGGAAGAAACAACAGCCUCCAUUUGUCCGAAAGGCAACGCUCUUUCAGGACGUCGUCAUACGAUGUGUCAGAUAUGCUUUUGCAGACAUACCUGCUUCCAUAGGCAAGGUCUUCUUUUCGAAAUGGGUGGCCUUGCCAUUCAUGCGCUUCCGAAUGCUUCGUCACGGCAUCUUCAGCAAGCCGAUCUACUGGCGUGACGUCAACAAGGAUGGCCUCAAAGGAAUCUACGCGGUCAUGGAUGCUUCGCGCAGACCAGACAUUGUGCUCUACUACUGCCAUGGAGGUGGCUUCUCCAUGGGCUCAUCAUACUUCUACCUCGAGUUUCUCCUCGUCUGGCUCACACUGCUGAAGCAAGCAGGCUAUGAUAACCCGGCUCUAUUCGCGUUGGAAUACACCUUGGUCCCAGAGGCCACAUAUCCAACACAGGUCCAAGAAGCGCUUGCCGGAUACAAGUACGUUCUCUCCAUCGCGGACGACCCGUCACGGAUAUGUGUAGGUGGUGAUUCGGCAGGUGCCACGCUGGUUCUUAGCCUCAUGCUUGCCGUGUCAGGCUACUCGUCUCUCAAGAACAAGAUGCCAGGUCUUGCUGUGAUAAUAUCACCCUGGGCAACGAUUAUCUCGUCGAAGAACCAGAAUACAAGAUCGGACUACCUGAAUGCCGAGAGCCUUCGUCUAUAUGGAUCACAGUACAUUGGCAAGAAUGGUUCUCCUGACAAUGCUUUGGUCUCCCCUGGACGCUGUAACGAUUUGAGCUGGUGGAAGAGAGCAUCACCAAGCCAAGGCUGGUAUUUCAUGUACGGUUCGGAGGAGGUCUUCCAGCCUGAAGCGAAAGACUUGAUUGCGCAGCUGAGAAAAGCGGAGGUGCGAGUCGAUGAGUACGAAGAGCAAGGCUGGAUACAUGCCUGGCCGAUCGUCAAGCUCUUUCUGUGCAACGAGCAAGCUGAACGACAGAGUGGGUUGAGGAGGAUUGUAAAGAUCACAUCCGAGCGAAUAGAGCCAUCAAGAGCACGCUAA